CUCUGCGCCGUGUGGGAAAGACCUGGGCUCCGGGAGCAAGCGUCUGUCUCUUUAAAUGCCAGGGGCUGCGCUCCCGCCCGGGGAGCCUGGAGCCGGAUCUCCAAUCCCGUCCCUCCCGCUCCGGCGCUUGUUGCUCGCCGGGUCCGAGCCGGAGCUGCCGCCGCCGGGCAGCCCGGCUGCUUCCUUCUCCGCCUUCUCUCGCGUCCCACCUCCCCCGAGAGCAGGCUGAGGGGGAACCGCAGCCCCAGCAGGAGGGAGGGGGUGCGGUGUAAACAGGCAUUGCCCCCCACCUUCAUAUCUCGGGGCGCUACGUAGCCGCGGGGGCAAGACAUGCGUCGCUCGCCCCUGCCCAGCCUCGCCGCCACUCGCGCCCGGAGAGGAGGGACUGCGGAUCCCACACCUGCAAACUCACCCUAGAAGUCGGAAGGUGCUCUCAGACCCCGUCCGGGGACCCGUGCCAAUGACCCUGGUGGUGGUUUCGCUUUCUCCCCUCUCGGCUGUGUGAACGUGUAUCCGCAGCGUGAUGGGCAACCAGGUGGAGAAACUGACCCACCUAAGUUACAAGGAAGUUCCCACGGCCGACCCGACCGGCGUGGACCGGGACGACGGGCCUCGCAUCGGGGUCUCCUACAUUUUCUCCAACGACGACGAGGACGUGGAGCCGCAGCCGCCGCCCCAGGGGCCGGAGGGCGGCGGCGGCGACGGCUUGCCCGAUGGCGGCGACGGGCCGCCGCCGCCGCCGCCGCCGCAGCCCUACGACCCGCGGCUGCACGAGGUGGAGUGUUCCGUGUUCUACCGCGACGAGUGCAUCUACCAGAAGAGCUUCUCGCCGGGCUCCGCGGCGCUGAGCACCUACACGCCCGAGAACUUGCUCAACAAGUGCAGGCCCGGCGACCUGGUGGAGUUCGUGUCGCAGGCGCAGUACCCGCACUGGGCCGUGUACGUGGGCAACUUCCAGGUGGUGCACUUGCACAGGCUGGAGGUGAGCAACAGCUUCCUGACCGACGCGAGCCAGGGCCGGCGCGGCCGCGUGGUGAACGACCUGUACCGCUACAAGCCGCUGAGCCCCGGCGCCGUGGUGCGCAACGCGCUGGCGCACGUGGGCGCCAAGGAGCGCGAGCUGAGCUGGCGCAACUCGGAGAGCUUCGCCGCCUGGUGCCGCUACGGCAAGCGCGAGUUCAAGAUCGGCGGCGAGCUGCGCAUCGGCAAGCAGCCCUAUCGGCUGCAGAUCCAGCUCUCGGCGCAGCGCAGCCACACGCUCGAGUUCCAGAGCCUGGAGGACCUGAUCAUGGAGAAACGGCGCAACGAUCAGAUCGGGCGCGCGGCGGUGCUGCAGGAGCUCGCCAUGCACCUGCACCCGGCCGAGCCGGAGGAGGGCGACAGCGACGCGGCUCGGACUACGCCGCCUCCCGGGCGCCCCCCCGCGCCGGGCCCGGAGGACCAGGCCCGAGAGGCGGCGGUGCACUGAGGGGCGAGCCGAGUGCGGGGCCUUGAGAGGGAUCCGUUCGCAGCGGCAGCCACCCCCUCCCUCCCCUCGCUCCCCCCGCUCCCCCCUCCAGCACCCUCGGGGCGCCAUCUGGGCUCCUGGGCCCCUUGGAAAAAGGAGAGUUGGCGAAUUGCGCAGCCAGCUGUGGCUUGAGCUUUUAUCUUGGACGGAGGAGGAAGAGGGAGCAGGUAGGAGCACUUUGGCCAGAGGCACUUCCUGCCUCCCUGCUGGAUCUUUCUUUCUGCGGUGAGCCAAAUGGUGGACUUGCCCUUGCCCGAUACUUAAUCCUUGCUGGACCUGGGUCCAAAAUCCACCCUUCUUACACACUCGGAGGUGGAGGAAAGUUCCGAGCACUAGUGGCCGCCACGGCCUCCUUUCCGCUUCCUCCCUCCCCCUGAAGGCCUGGAGGGUGCCCAGUACUGCGGCACCCCGACAGCCCGGAGCCAGUUCCAGAGCCACAGAUCAGCUACCGCCACGCCCCGGGAGGUGGGGGGAGGCUGGGGAUUCCUGCGGUGUAAGGCCAGAGACCAGGCCCAGGUCUGCAAGCAGCAGACCACAACAGGGCAGCCCCCCUGUGAAGUGUAAUAAAUAGUUGGAUAAACUUGGGCUACAAAACAAAGACUUUGCUACCUCCCCCCUCCCCCCGCCCCCACACCUGCCCGCAAGUAAUUCAUCAUCUGGCACUGGUUUCUAGCAGCGUCUCUUGCUCCCUCCUGCUCCAGCCACCGCUUCCCAGGUUCCAAGUAAAUCAUCGUCAGGGGCCAGCUAGGGGAAGGAUUCAAUUAUGGUUCUCUUUUGCCGCCUUUGUUUUGCUAUUGUGGGCACUUGCAGCCGCCUUGUUAUCAAAGGAGGGAAUAGCCCUUUUGUGUCUCUGAUCUAAUUAAACCUGCUUGGCUGUGUUGGUCUGCAGGUCACACAGGGCCUCAGCUGGUGCCGCCCCAUAAAGUAACCACUACACAAACAGCCAAAUGGGGUUGUCCUGGCAGGAAUUGGUUAAUCUCCCACCCGUCGCCCUAACCUCCUUCCUGAACAGUGAGGGUAACCUUUUUUAAAAUGUAAGGCUUUGGGGGGUGGGCCUGCUGCUUUUCCUUUUUCUCUCUCUUUUUUUUUUUGUUUUGUUUGCCUACUCACUGCCCCAUCCCCCUCACUUUCAGUUUUAUUCUGCCCCUGGUAAAAUCUUAGGCUUGAAGUCUGUUCACUGAUAAGGUAUUUAUUUUGCUAGCCACACCUGAUGCAGUGUAAUUCAAGAUGCAACGUCUAGUUCUAAUGCAGUAGUAUCUUUCUUCCUUGGAGAACACCCCUUCAGAGAGCGCUUUUGCAAUUAAGAGGGGUGACAUGCUAUCACAAAGGCCACCUUGUAUAGUCCGCACCGAAUCUGGUGACAGCCCUAAGGCACAGGUUGGUGGCGGUGAGUUCUGUCAGCCACAGGCUGGGCCUACGCUGUUUGGAUCUGCUAGUGAUCCUGUUUGCUUUACCGCGGGACUUUUAGAAAAUUUUUACAACCCAUCUCUUGUAUUCCUGUGAACUCUGAUGGUGCAUGCCCUUGACUUCACAGUACUUCUCUGCUGCAGAUUGGCAUUGCUAAUGCUAUCUCAAAAGUUGAGUGAAGUUUUUCUUUCUCUCAGUAGUCCCUAUAGAGGACAAGUCCUUUUGUGAGUGAAUUCUUAGCUGUGGGAUUAGAAUUCUGUGUGAACAUCCUGUAGCGAACCUUGGGGCCUUCGCCCCAGGGACUUUACAAGACCGGAAAGAUGUCCUGGUAUACUUUUUUCAAACUUGGAAGUUGAGGCCAUAAUUUUUAAAAGCCUAGACCAUCGUAGCACCUCAGUAUGAAAUACUUUAAUUUCAGGGCUUUAGCUGUGUUCCCUAUUCUCACAAGGACCACCAAACAGGGCCUGUCACUUUGCUAAAAGAUGAACCACACUCAGCCCUAGUCUGGAACUUUGGAGAGCUCCCAGUCCCCAUCCGAAAUGUAGAUCUCGUUUUCCACGUUGAGUAAUGUCACAGCUUCAUGUCUAUAUUGUCUUGUUCGUGGAGAAGCUGAGCAAGGUAAGAGACCUUUAGGAGAGCCUAACGUACCUAACAGAUUUGGAUUUUCCUUUAUGCUUAACACAGUAGUCUAAAGACAAGUGUGCGAGUAAGCAGAAGGAGAGGAACAAAAGGGCACUGCCUAGCAGGUUGGGGCUGGUUAGCCAGCCAGCUCUUCCCCUCCCCCAUCUCUGUGUCCCUCCCUGGCCCUCAGUUGGAAAGUGAAUGUCAUUGGUUACACGGAGGUACAGCAGUGACUGACCGUUGUUACAGAGGAACUGCAUUUUUGUUGUUUUAAGUUUUUAUUUAUUCAUUUUGAGAGAGGGAGCUCACAAGCCAGCAGGAGCAUGAGCAGGGAGGGGGAGAGAGGAGAAGAGAGGGAGAGAGAAUCCCAGGUGGCUCUGUGCGCUCACAGCGCAGACACAGGGCUUGAACCCUCAAAGCUGUGAGAUUGUGACCUGAGCCGAAACCAAGAGCCACCCAGGCGCCCCAGAGGAACUGCUUUUCGUGAGAAGUCCCAACUUGAAGGAAGAACUUGUGAAAUCCACACCCGAGCUAUCAUUCUGCCUCUAGAGAAGAGGUUUUUGUGAAAAUGAGCUAGACAAGAAAAUCCAUCUACCCCAGGUACCGCUUCCCCGUGUAACGCACAUGGCUUUACUGGCUACCAGGGAAGUGAAGUGUGUAAGGCAAAGAAUGAUUUGCUUGGAAGUUUUGUUAGGGUUCUAACACUUGAAAGCAACGACCAACCAAUGAAGGCUCCAAGAAAGGGGGAAUCCACCAGCUCUGCUCUUUCCUCAAGGUGGCAGUGUUGUGGAUAAGUGAGUUUUUCAUGUCCAGGCUAUGGUUACAUCUGGCACUUUAAAAAAAAAAAAAAAAAAAAGAUCUAUUUAAUAAUUUCUGUUUCUCCCUCGUAAUAUGACUUUAGAACUAUUUUGUUCUGUGAAGUAUGUAUGUUCUCUGAAAGAAAUAUUGAUUCUGACCUUCUCGAGAAGCUGUGGCAGCGAUAAGCAGGGCCGCGGACUAGAGUGAAUACUGAAAAGUAAUGAAACAAAUUCUAUUUUCUUAUUUGAGCAAAUAUUUUAUUGAGACUGCUUAUGUAUGUCAGAGGAGCCCACAACUUCAGCUACACAACUUUUUUUGUAUUGAAAGAACUCUUACUUUUUGUAGCUUUUCUUCCACAUGUGAUUUAAAAUGACUUUAUAGCACUAAAAUGCCUAGCAGAAGACUUUCCACCAGACCUUUAAGAAAAUGUUUAGUUUUUAUGAAAAAAUAACAACUUCUGUGGUUAACACUUCCGAUGUCUUUGGUGCUUCUGGCCCUAAGAGCACCACUAGACAACACGACAACCACAUGGAAACAUAUUUUUGGAAGCAAAACUUUAAUUUUAUAUGACAUAUGCUAUGGAGAGUGAAGAAAAUUUAAUGCUACUUGUUUUCUAUUUUUUUUUCUUAAAAUGGAAUUCACUGUGUCGAAGACUCUUGAUAUUACGUGAUUGUCUAACCUUUUUUUUUUUUUUAUAAAUUAGAAUAAAAUCUAUUGUGAUCAUGGCCCUUGAAUGGUUUUGUUUGGAAAGUUACAUUUUAUUUUAUUUUUUUUCAAAUCGUGGUGACUAUGAACUUGACCAGUUUAUUCAAGUUUUCACUGUGUUUUCUUCUUAGCUAUAAUUCCUGUGACCCACGGGGGUUCCAUUGACUAACACGGUAAAUUCUAUGUGUAUUUUAUUUCCUGGUGAAUUGUGUAAACUGUUUUUUUGUUGAAGAUUGUAUGUUAAAUCAAUGUUAUGUUCUCAUACCACUUCUUGAGAAGGAGGUUCUGAUUUGAAAUUGUAUCAUUUCCUUCAAAAUGAAGGGCAGUGUUUAGUUAAAUAAAAGAUUGAUGACAUCUUUUGAA